CUCCUCCGCUCCUUUCCUAUCAUCUAUUCUGAAACCAGUUCCGUAUUCAGUGCUAGCCUACAUUAAUGUAACAUCGGCGCCCACAUCAUACAGCGUAUAUAGAUAGAAUUGUCGGAUAAGAUCACACCAUCUCGACCAUGGAGCCUUGAACUGGAAUGUAAGAGAUGCGUUUACUACUCGCUACUCAGAAGCCGAGAAAACGAUGCUUACACCCACAGCACCACAGAGAUGAAAAUGCAGCACACUUGAUAUCUCCCUGGAGGGGAAGCCUGAUUUAAGAUGAAGCGACUGAAGGGGAAAACCCAGAAGUGUGGAGCAUUUCAGAAAAUCCUGUGAACUCUGACCUCCAGCCCCCAUCUGCCAUCAUUCCUUUCCCCCAAAUACACAGCACUCCCAUCCAUCAACACUCCUGCUCUGGUCCAAGAUGACCUCGCCGAGAAAGCACCUGGUCAAGGAUUUCAACCACUUUAUCACAUGCUACGUAUGUAAAGGAUACCUGAUCAAGCCCACUACGGUGACUGAGUGCCUGCACACCUUUUGUAAAAGCUGCAUCGUCCAACACUUUGAAGACAGCAACGACUGCCCCAAAUGUGGCAUUCAAGUCCACGAAACCAACCCUCUGGAGAUGUUAAGGUUGGACAACACUUUAGAGGAAAUCAUUUUCAAACUCGUGCCUGGGCUGAGAGAAAAGGAACAACAGCAGGAGAUUGAGUUCUGGAGGAGUCGAAAGUCGAAGGAGAACGGAGAAGAAGAUGGCCCCCGAUCAAAGAGGUCUAGGCUGGAUGCCGAGAAUGAUGACGGUGGAGAUGGAGACUACCACAGGAGUGACCCUCAGAUAGCCAUCUGUCUGGAUUGUCUACGUAACAACAGUCUGGUGGAAGAGAACAUUGUGAGGGGCUUAAUGAAGAAAUUUAUACGCUGCUCGACUCGAGUGACAGUCGGAACAAUCAAGAAGUUUCUCAGCUUGAAGUUGAAGCUUCCAAGUUCUUAUGAGCUAGACGUCCUAUGCAACGGGGAGAUCAUGGGAAAAGACCACACCAUGGAGUUCAUCUACAUGACGCGGUGGAGACUUCGCGGUGAAACCGACUACCCAAUGGUACUAGAAUAUCGCCCACGGAUAGACUUUGGUUGAUGGAGGGAGAUGUGGGACUACUCCUGCACUAACAGCCCAUUGACAGACUACACAAUGAAUGGAUGUGCCUGGCACAAGAGACAAGGACCACACAUCUUCUUAUCAUCUGCAUGCAGUAAUCCGUGAUUGCCUCUAAUCUCAUUCUGUUCUCAUACGUUAUCCUUCAGUUUCACUGUCUGCGUUUCAUUUGUCAAAAACGCAUCAAGGGUUUGAGAGCAUGCCUGUGUAUCAUGACAUAUUGAUUCUUUUUUUUUAAGUACCGAAAUGUAAUUGACUGAAGAGUGAAGACAUGCCCUUUAAUUCUAUAGCACAUUGAAGUGUCCCUAAUAAUACAAGGUGAAAUGGCUAGUAGUCUGUUGUUACGCAACACAACAGAGAUAUUACAAGACAGGUGUGCGCACUGGCAAACAGCUCAUAAUAUUCCACCUUAUCUAUGCUGGAUUUCGUGUCUUACAUGGCUCCCUCCCUUAUUCCUGUUUUUAACUACGGUAGUGCCUUUCCCCACAUGCCUCUUUCAGUGCAGUGCCCUUCGAAAUUCAAACUGCUUUUCAUAUGAAAUCCCGAAUAGUGAAUUCAACAGCCCCAAUAUAUAGUCUACAUACAACUACAAGGAAGCUAUGGAUACCAUACCUACCAUAUCCCUAUCUCAAUAAGCUAUAUUCUUCCAUUCCAUGCCAUUUUGAUGUUAUUACCGCAUAUUAAGCAAUACAAGUACUGUAAGACUAGAUAUGGCGGAAGAAGGUUAGAAGGAGCUGAAUAUCACCUACACUGUCUGAAAUGUGUAGCUGUGUGUUUGUGCACUAUGUAAACGUAUUGGGCAUUAUUGUUGACUUGUACAUAGCAGAGAUUUGUAUAGACUGUUUGCUACUAUGCUGUAUGUCCUACCGGAUGGCUUAACAUUAAUUUAUUGUUGUUGCCGUAUAGAAACUGUCCCAGACUGUCGUUACAGGGUCCGAUAACCCUUGCCAUUUGUAUCUAUUGGUGGAUCAGUACACAAGUGCUUUAAAUGCUUUUUCCCUCUUCACAUACAGUGCCUUCAGAAAGUAUUCACACCCCUUGACUUUUUUCCAAAUGUUUUUGUGUUACAGCCUGAAUUUAAAAUAGAUUAAAAUGAGAUUUUGUGUCCCUGGCCUACACACAAUACCACAUAAUGUCAAAGUGGAAUGAUGUUUUCCCGAGAAGAAAAAAAAUCUGAUGAAUAAAAAAUGAAAAGCUGAAAUGUCUUGAGUCCAUAAGUAGCCCCUUUGUUAUGGCAAGCCUAAAUAAAUGAUAGAUUAACAAUGUGCAUAACAAGACAGAUAAUACGUUGCAUGGACUUUGCAAUAGUGUUUAACAGGAUUUUUUGAAUGACUACCUCACCUCUGGUACCUCACACAUACAAUUAUCUGUAAAGGUCCAUCAGUCAAGCAGUACAUUUCAAACACAGGUUUAACCACAAAGACCAGGGAGGUUUUCCAAUGCCUCGCAAAGAAGGGCACCUAUUUGCAGAUGCAGGGGGAAAAAACAGACAUGGAAUUUCCCUUUGAGAAUGCUGAAGUUAUUAAUUGUACUUUGGAUGGUGUAUCGAUACACCCAUUCACUACCAAGAUCCAGGCAUCCGUCCUAACUCAGUUGCCGAAGAGGAAGGAAACCGCUCAGGGAUUUUACCAUAAGGCCAAUGGUGACUUUAAAACAGUCCCAGAGUUCAAUGGCUGAAAACUGAGUUCAAUGGCUGAAAACAUUGUAGUUACUCGACUAUACUAACCUAAAUGACAGAGUGAAAAGAAGGAAGCCUGUACAGAAUACAAAUAUUAUAAAACUUGCAUCCUGUUUGCAAUAAGGCACUAAAGUAAAACUGCAAAAAAUGGGGCAAAGAAAUUAACUUUACGUCCUAAAUACAGGGCAUUAUGUUUGGGGCAAGUCCAACACAACACAUCACUGAGUACCACUCUUCAUAUUUUCAAGUUUGGUGGUGGUUGCAUCAUGUUAUAGGUAUGCUUGUCAUUGGCAAGGACUAGGGAGUGAAAUAAAUGGAAUAGAGCUAAGCACAGGCAAAAUCCUAGAGGAUAACCUCGUAUAGUCUGCUUUCCAACAGAAAAUGGGAGACAAAUGCACCUUUCAGUAGGACAAUAACCUAAAACACAAGGCCAAGUACACUGGAGUUGCUUACCAAGAAGACAUUGAAUGUUCCUGAGUGGCCUAGUUUCAGUGUUGACUUAAAUCUUCGUGAAAAUGGCUUGGCAGACCAACUUGGCAGAGCUUGAAGAAUUUAGAAAAGAAUAAUGUGCAAAUUGUACAAUCCAGGUGUGAAAAGCUCUGAGAGACUCACUCACAGCUGUAAUCGCUGCCAAUGGCGAUUCUAACAUGUAGUGACUCGGGGGUUUAAAUACUUAUGUAAACAAGAUAUUUCUGUAUUUCAUUUUCAGUACAUUUGAUAAAAUGUCAAAAAAUAUGUUUUCACUUUGUCAUUAUGGGGUAUUGUGUUUAGAUGGGUGAGAAAAAAUAUAAAUUUUAUCAAUUUUGAACUCAGGCUGUAACCCAACAUUUGGAAUAAGUCAAGGGGUAUGAAUACUUUCUGAAGGCACUGUAUACCAUUCAUCUUUUUCUCACUCUCAACGAAACACCAAAGAAUAAGAGCAGAGACAAACAGCAGUGGUUGUAUUUUAUCUGUUACAUUUUAACAGAGACAUAAUAAUUAUAACAUAAUGUAGGCAAACGUUGAGAGUACUGAAGUCUCCUUGGUAGGAAACAAAACGUUUGCAAUUUGCCACUGUAAUAGGAAUUUCCAUACAGCAGAUGUCUGUCAAUAGUAAGUUGAUGUUCAUUUGCAGUUAUGUGCGAACCAAUCAAUAGACAGAUUGGACACCACUUUCUGGAAGGGCCUACAAGUUCAAGUCUUUACAAAUCUCCGCAAGUAAAACUUUGAAGCUUACUUUAGCGUUCUUGUGUACUUUCCUGUUUCACACAUGUGCUUUUUCCUGUUUGAAAUGGUAUCUCUUAUUUUCCCUAAAAACCCAGCUCUAGUGGUUUUAAAUGUUAGCAAAGUAAAUGCUUAGACCGAAUAAUCCUAGAAACGUCUCUGUGCUGCAAUGAACAAUAUGUAUUUUUGUAACAAGAAGCACUUGUAGAUAUUUUAUCUUUAAAAAUGACAUUGUUUGUUGUACAUUUAACAAACUUAAAAUGCUGCCUGGAAUAAUCUAUUAUAUUUUUCAAUGUCAAUGCACCUACAAGCAUUCCUAGAAAGAUAAGAACUGUACAUAUGCAAGAGCUGCUCUAUACAUAAUAACAAAAAUACAAAAAUACAGAACUCAUUGAAUUAACUUGGUGUCAUUUCACAAUUGACAAGUUACUUAUUGUUAUCUGUCAAAAGUGUGAUUUUUUUUAAAGUUUCAAAGUUUCAAACAUUUGGUUUCAUUGACUCCCUCUAAAUGUUUUUCUUUCUUAUGGAGGCAAAGUUGAUCUUCCUGAUUCACUCCUAAAUCCAAGGAUCCCAAAUGGUAUCCCAGUUCCUUUCAGUUCCAUCUUUCAUCCUGACAAAGAGUGACCUAAACCUUCUGCUUCUCCUGGACAAACAUGGCUCCUCAGUGCUCUAACUAGAAUUGCAAAGCUACCGGUAAUUUACCAAAGUUACCAGAAUCUUCAGUCAUUUUGUCACGCCCUGACCUUAGAGAGCCGUUUUAUUUCUCUAUUUGGUUAGGUCAGGGUGUGAUUUGGGGUGGGCAUUCUAUGUUUUCUAUUUCUUUGUUUUUGGCCGAGUGUGGUUCCCAAUCAGAGACAGCUGUCUAUCAUUGUCUCUGAUUGGGAAUCAUUCUUCGGCAGCCUUUUUCCCACUUGUGUUUUGUGUGUAGUUAUUUUCUGUUUGGUAUCUGUUUACCUGACAGAACUGUUCGCUUUCGUGUUGUUACGUGUUUCUUUGAUCAAUAAAAUCAUGAACCCCUUCCACGCUGCGCUUCGGUCCACUCAUUUCGAUGAGAGCCGUUACAGAACUAUGCACCACCAAAGGACAAAGCAGCGUGGUCAGGAGGACUGGACCUGGGAGGAAAGCCUAGACGAGAAAGGACCCUGGAGGCAGGCUGGGGAGUAUCGCCAUCCGAAGGAGGAGAUAGAAGCAGUGAAAGCAGAACGGAGACGUUAUGAGGCGUUAAACCAUGGAGGCAGCCCCAAAACCUUUUUGAGGGGGGCACAGGGGGAGAUUGGCAGAGUCAGUGUUUAGACCUGAGCCAACUCCCCAUGCUUACCGUGGGGAGCGUGUGACUGGUCAGGCACCGUGUUAUGCAGUAAUGCGCAUGGUGUCUCCAGUACGCAUUCAUUGUCCGGUAUGCUCUAUUCCAUCUCCCCGCAGUUGCCGUGCUAGAGUGGGCAUUCAGCCAGGAGGGAUUGUGCCGGCUCAGCGUUCCUGGCCUCCGGUGCCUCUCUUCGGCCCAGGUUAUCCUGCACCAGCUCUACGCACGGUAUCCUACGGGGAGUAUCCAACCAGGACGAGUUGUGCCAGCUCUGCGCUCCAGACCUCCGGUGCGCCUCCACGGUCCAGUGUGUCCUGCGUUGGCUCUACACACUAUGCCUCCAGUGCGCCGUCAUAGCCCAGUGCGUCUUGUGCCAGCUCUCCACACUCACCGAGCUAGAGUGGGUAUCCAGCCAGGACAUGUUGUGGCAGCUCCACUCACUAGGCUGUCAGUACGUCUCCUCAGUCUGCUGAGACCUGUUCUGGCUCCAUGUACGAAGCCUCCAGUGAUGAUCCAUGGGCCGAAGCCUCCAGUGAUGAUCCAUGGCACAAAGCCUGCAGUGAUGAUCCAUGGCCCAGAGCCUGCAGUGAUGAUCCAUGGCCCGGAGCCUGCAGUGAUGAUCCAUGACACGAAGCCUCCAGUGAUGAUCCAUGGCACGAAGCCUCCAGUGAUGAUUCAGGGAAAGGAGCAUCCAGCGACAGUCCCCAGUCCGGAGCCUCCAACGACGGCCCCCAGUCCGGAGCCUCCAGCGACGGUCCCCAGUCCGUAGCCUCCAGCGACGGUCCGCAGUCCGGAGUCUUCAGCAGGGGUUCCCAGUCCAGAGUCUCCGGCGACGAUCCACGGUCCGGUUCCACAGAAGCGUAGGGAACGGGGGCUACGUCCCGAACCGGAGGUGCCACCGAGGGUAGAUGCCCACCCGGACCCUCCCCUAUAGGUUCAGGUUUGGGAGUCCGGCAUUCUAUGUUUUCUAUUUAUUUGUGUUUUUGGCUGAGUGUGGUUCCCAAUCAGAGGCAGCUGUCUAUCGUUGUCUCUGAUUGAGUAUCAUACUUAGGCAGCCUUUUUCCCACCUGUGUUUUGUGUGUAGUUAUUUUCUGUUUAGUAUCUGUUUACCUGACAGAACUGUUCGCUUUUGUUUUGUUACUUUGUUCUUUGAUCAAUAAAAUCAUGAACACUUUC